AUGUCUGGACUUCGACAACGCAAAACAAUUAUUGAAGAUGAGGGGCCUCCACCGAGGCCUAUUUUUAAGAGUGUUGCAGCGGUCGAUCUCUUUCCAAAGCCAAAAGAAGACUAUCGUCGGACACAAACGCAUCAAGGAGCCAUAGUGAGUCUAGUUACUGUGACCAUAAUAUGUCUACUUGUUUUUUGGGAAGUUUCUGCUUACCUUAUGGGUCGAGAUGCUUUUAAAACAGAGCUUAGUGUUGAUACAAAAGUUUCAGAGAAAGUUCUCUUUAAUAUUGAUAUCACUUUUCCUAAUGUACCAUGUCAUGAAGUUUCAUUGAUUGUCUUGGACGUUACAGGUACAUUUAAAUUUAAUGUUACCCGUAAUCUUCAAAAACUCCCUGUUACCUCGGAUGGUGAAAUUGCUUUUGCUGGUGAUCUUGACUUCCUUCAAGAUUCUACUAAUUUUCACUAUGACCCCAAAAAAGAUCAUGACUCCCCAGAGUAUUGUGGAAAUUGUUUUAUUGAUGAGGAAUAUAAGUAUGUUGAUAAAGAAAAUAAACUUUGCUGUAAUUCAUGUGAUGAUGUGAUGAAAAUGCAUGACAAGUACAAUUUUCAACGUCCACCGCUAAAUACUGUUAAACAAUGUAUGUACGAGCUAUCAUUAACAAAUCCAGGAUGUAAUUUUAAAGGGUCUUUAAAACUUAAAAAAGUAAGUGGAUUGCUUAUGUUUACACCGAAAAGAGGUAAAUAUGGAUUUAAAAUCGCAGAUGUUAUGCAGUUUGAUGCAAGCCAUAUUAUAAAAAAAUUUUCCAUAGGGGAUGAACGUGUGUCUCGUUUUUCUCGACGAGGGGUUUACUACCCACUAAAUGGACAAACAUUUGAUGCUCAAAGACGCUUUGCUGAGGUUAAGUACUUUUUGAAAGUGGUACCUACAGGAUACUUAACUGAUAAAGGGAAUGAGGUACUGGGAUCUACUUAUGAGUACAGUGUGCAAUGGAGUAAUCGUUUCAUACCUAUUGGGUUCGGACAUCUACCUUCAGUGGAAUUUUCCUUUGAUUUUUCUCCAAUCCAAGUAAACAAUUACUUUAAACGACCACCAUUCUAUCAUUUUCUCGUCCAGUUAUGUGGUAUAGUUGGUGGACUAUUUGUUGUUCUUGGAAUGAUCGAUGGUCUUGUUGUGCGAAUUGGACGCUUCUUUUGA